UGUUUCCUUUUUGGCUCUAUCCGAAAACGGGCAAUCAAUUUUAUUCUGGACAUCACAAUAUCAAAAUAUUCUGAUUUUUCGAAAAUCAAAAUUCACACGCACACACCCACACCAGUUAAUAACACACGCAUACACAUGCACGGUACAAAUAAUACAUCAUAUUCAUAUACACGCAUGUGUGUUAUUAUUACUGUUUUGUUUUUUUCAUUUUAAAAAUGAUAAACGUCCGAAUGGCGUAUUAAGUUUCACGGGGCUGCCGUCGUACCAGAGGCCUGAACAGUCGUGACCGGACUGCACGCACCAGUCGACGUACACGUCGGAUUUAUCGUACCAGUGGUGGUUGAAUUUCGAAAAUUUAAUUCAAAACUAUGUGGUGGUGUAUAGCUCAAAAAUAUUUUAAUUUAGAAUAUAUUUCUUGAAGGAGAUAUAGGUUGUAUACUGUUAUAACUUAUAUGUUACUGUUGGAAGAAAUCCUUUUCUAUUUCGGUGAUUGAUAUUCAGAAAAUAAGAAUUGUCCUCUUCAGGCGCAAUGAAUCCUGCUGUUAAUAUUUCUAGUGUGCGACACCGCAUUAGUGAUGAAUUAAAUGGAUCCUCAGAUAGGUUGGCUGCAACCAGAACAAGUAGGUCCCGCUCAAGAAUUUUGGUCCAGAAUUUUGGACUCCUCUGAAGAUACAGACAGUAACGACGAUAAGUAUAGUACUGAAACUCUUCAAGAAGAAGAAGACGACAACGAAUAUACGUUGCCGUUGGAUUGGAAGUUUGAUUUCUCUAUAGACGAUCAAGAAAUUAAAACUAGUAAUUUAUAUGAGCACGGCUUGUUCACAAAUAUAGCCAGUACAUACGACAUGAACAAAAUGCAAGCUCAUUACAUUGGCAAAUUUGGUGGAUGUCCAUGGAGGCAUGGAAAAAGUUAUGACCGCCAACCAAUUUGCACCCUCCAUAAAGAGAUAGAAGACUUUUUUGCAUAUAUGUCCGCCACACCAGAAGAGCAUAGCAUGCGGCUUGAUGUACUGGAACGUGUUACUAAUGUUAUACAUGCUGAAUGGCCUAAAGCUAAAGUUGAAGUGUUUGGUAGUUUUCGAACUGGACUUUAUUUGCCCACUAGUGAUAUGGAUCUGGUAGUAAUAGGAGAAUGGGAUACAUUACCAUUGCAUACACUUGCUCAAGCUCUACUUAAAAAUAGUGUCUGUAAUGAAAACAUUCAAGUUCUUGACAAAGCAUCGGUUCCAAUCGUCAAAAUGACAGAUAAGGCUACUGAUGUUAGAGUGGAUAUUAGUUUUAACAUGAAUAAUGGUGUUAAAUCAGCUGAAAUGAUUAAACAUUAUAUGGAUGUUUUCCCAAUGCUUCCUAAACUUGUGUUAGUGCUAAAACAAUUUUUAGCCCARCGGGACAUGAAUGAAGUGUUCUAUGGUGGCAUAUCUUCUUAUAGUUUGAUCCUUAUGGUCGUCAGUUUUUUGCAGUUACAUCCUAGAGGAGAUUUAAAUUACCCCACUGCCAAUCUAGGUGUAUUGUUAAUAGAGUUCUUUGAACUUUAUGGCAAAAAAUUUAACUAUAUGCUAACAGCUAUACGUGUAAAAGAUGGUGGAUUAUACAUAUCUAAAGACGAAGUCCAAAAAGACAUGGUUGAUGGUCAUAGACCAAGUAUUUUGUGUAUAGAGGAUCCAUUAACCCCUGGAAAUGAUAUUGGUCGUGGUUCUUAUGGUGCUCUUCAAGUAAAAAGUGUAUUUGAAUAUGCAUUUACCACAUUAAAAGCUGCACUUGACCCUCAAAUUGUUUCACCUAAUUUUAGUAUACUCGGGCGAAUAGUACGAGUUAAUGACAAAGUUAUACUUUACCGGCAGUGGGUUAGAGAUACUUAUGCCUUACAAAAUACUCAAAGAGUUAUAAUUAAUAAUUAUCUGACCACUAGUAAUAUUAGUAACAAUGUUAGUGUGUCCACCACUACUAGUAGUAGAGCUUCUACAGUAUCUUCUGGUUCUGGAUCAGCUGAAUCUGACUCUGAGAGUAGUAUAGAAAAAUUAAGUGAUGCUGGCGACCAUAAUGAUCAGAAUAGUAAUUACCAACCCAGACGUAAAAAUCCACAUUAUCAUAGACACAAUAGUUGGAAUAAUCAACAAAAUUAUCAAAUGAUUAAUCCUGGUAAUAAUCACCCACCUACACGAACUCAAAGAAUAAUAUGCACUAGUCCAGCUAAUACUUACCAACAUCGUGGUUUUACAAACAAUAAUUACAAUAAUAAUUAUAAUCACCAUCAAAAUUACCGACCAAAUGCGGGUAAUAAACACCAGUAUACGGGAAAUUACCAACCUCACUUUGGUAAUUUUAUAUCAAAACGGCAAAAACGAAAAAAUCAAACCCAAGAUGUAAGAUAAAAUGUGCGCGUCCAAUCUUUAAACUUAAUAAAUAAACGAGACAAAGUAAAUGAUAACUUAAAAUAUAAAAAAAAUAAAAAUAAAAAUA